GAAAUCAGUCGCGGUACGAAUCUCGCCGCGAGCACAUGUGGGACUGGAGGGUCGGUAUUAUUUCAGAGUAUAUAGAGACAUAUAUAUAUAUGUGUAUAUAUAUAUAUAUAUAUAUAUAUAGUCAUCAGCGUAAAUAAGCAGACGUCAAAUAUCGGUAUACAUUAAUAUAAACCUGCGCGUUGGACGAUCUGUCAUAUUAAAUAAAACACACUUGUUGUUUGCACUCUACGUCAUCGUGGAAUACGGAGCGGAGUCCGUGACGUCACGCACACACAAUCACACACGAUAUAUAUACAGUUAAUUACCAAGGGAGAAACUGCACGCCGAGGUACGCAAUCUGAGAGAAGUUUGUGAAAGAGAAAGAGGACGAAAAAUGCACGGCUAGUUAUCGACCGAGCAUCGACGACGGAUUCACCGUUGAACGUGUUACGUUUCUAUACGCAGGGAUUACACGCUGGAAAGUGUUUUGCUACUCUGCAGAAGCAUGCUAUCGGCUGUUUCGUAAAGGAAAGUCGGUCGUCAAUCAUUUGCAGAGAGUAAGAGGUAUACGGUAUCAAGAAGGUGAGAGAGAGACAAAGACAGAGUGACACUGUAAAAAAAAAAGAAAAGUAAGAGACAGGUGAGAAGAAAACAAAAAUUACAAAUCGUACCGUGCAUCGGGGUAUUAUCAAUUUCUACACCUCGGGUAAGUACUGAAAUCCGAAAUAUUUAUACGUUUAAUACGUAACCAAACCAGAGGGAGAUAAGUAAAGGCGACGAAGCGCUAGACGUGACGCACGUCAGUAGUAGACAGUGAAGUGGUGAAGUGGUUAGCAGAAGUAAUUUCGCAAGUGCUAAGAACGAACAGAAAGAGAAAUAGGGACUCGAGGAAGAAAGAGGAAACCAGAUAAGCUUAAGGAGAAAGACUGUCCCGGGAACGUGGUGAACAAAUCAAGGACGUGAACUAAGAUAAAGACUCUGGGGAUCCAUACGACCGAAGCAACUUCAGGAUGCUCGACUUCGAACAGCAGGCUAAUCAGGCGCAGGCUUUGGCCUCGCUCGAUGAGGACUGGCAUCUGCUGGAGGUGACGAGACUGACGACGUUUCCUCGAGACGCUAAAAUGAGACUGGAGGAGGACCUCGUGAUACGCAGGAGUCGACCCACGAUGAUAUCAGCCAAGUACAGAGCUCGCGAGGAACGUAGGAGACUGCUGAAGAUAUCAGCUGGUAAAUUGAGGCGCAUCGAGGAUCCUGAGGCCAGUCUUUGCAGAUCGGUGCUGAUUAACAAUGCCGUGAGAAGACUUCAACGUGAGAAUCGAGACGAGAAGACCAGGAACUACGGGCUAUCCCUGGUUCCGUUUCUGGACGAUUCUACCAAGGAGAACAACGUGGGAAGCAAUCUGAAUGUCACCACGAUCGAUGGCGAUACUUCCCAGAGAAAGAGGCUGGGCGAGGAGAUCAGAAGCGACAACCUGAGUCCCAAGAGACAGAGGCACGACGAUCUUGAUCUUCAGGACGACGUGUUCAGCGACUUUUACAUUCUACCGCCUACUCCAAGACUCCUGUCCCAUAUCGAUGACGUAUCAGAGACACCGCUUGCCCUGGGCUUCCCCGAGAGUAGACUCACCACCAACGAGAACCGCGCCACCUCUACGAGUAGUGGUCUCUUUGUGUCUGAACUGAACGAUGCCCAGCUCACUGUGAACUCCGUUUCUAGAGGGACGGAUAUGGGGUUGAUGGAGGUGACCGAUGUCGCCUGCGAGGCUGACAGAAUCUGCGAGUUUUCAAGGUUUGCGGAUCCUGCCAAGACCCUGGAGGAGAGGUACGAGGAUCUACACUUCGAUCUCUCGAAACUCGAGCGCAAUAACAACCAGAGCUGCGGACGGGCCUUCCACGACAUCAUGACCUUUCACAGCCUCGUACCUGGGUUAGAGACCUAGACCGAAAUACAAGCCGUGGAUACGUCCCAAGCGCGUGUCCAAGCCUUACGCGUUAAGCCGGGACGUUCCUACUGAAAGGAAAUAGGGAAUUAGAGUUGAAAAGAAUGAGAGAAAAAUGAUUAACAUUUUCUGCGCAUGUACAGGUGCAUGUACAGGUGCAUGUACGUCCCUGUAGGACGCCGUCGAUGCUCCAUGAGAUCUUAAAUUAAUCGCAGGGUGUGCGUAUAUUAAUCAACUGUGAUAUUUAGAUAUCCCGGAUUCUGGAUAACUAUUCUUACGUUGGACCGGGCUCUUUUCUUCUCUUCGGAUCGUCAUUGAUCCUCGAAAUUACGAGGGCAAUGAUGACUGCGCGCCUCGCAGAAAUCCGGACAGGAGUAAAGGGAAAUAUCGCGAAGAUCCAGAUCUCGCGAUGCGCGUAUCUUAAAACAUAUCGCGUAUCAAAUAUGGAGACUUUUAAUGCAGCUUCCACGGUAUCGUACAGCACCUUAAUAUAUAUGUAUACAGUAUACAUAUUGUUUGUACAUAGAGAUACUUUUUUAAAAACAUGUUAUCCGGAGGGGAUGGGACGAUUGAGAAAAUGCGUGUAACUGUUGACGAGUGAAUGACGCUGGCACCGAUGAUUCGGGUGAACAGAUCAGAGCAGCGGCAGGAACGAAAGGAUUGAAUUGUCAUAAUGCAUGGAAGAAGGAGAGAAUGGAGAUUUGAGAGCUAGUGAGAAUGACAUAGUAGAAUUGAGAUUGGGGAGUUGGGAUGGGGCGGUUCCAGAAACGUAUGCUUGUACAUAUUAGAGUAUAAAUAUAAGUCUUCGUAAAAGUGGAAUUAUUUCUAAGUAAUAAUAUUAUUAUUAUAACGUAACGACACAGGCCUUAGUUUAUUCUUUCGAUUUCGUUAUCCGUAAUAAUGUUCCAUUACUUUUUAACGUGUAGCUCUUAGUCAGACGGCAUCGCCGUGAUUUUAUUUUCCUCGUAUCUUAUUUACCAAGAUCGUACACGAUCGCCCCCUCCUCCCAUGAAUCACGCCAUCGCCGAACGGCCAAGCCAACUCGUUUACAACUUUUCGAAUUAUUACGUUCUUGUCUCCCGAAUGGCCGCUUAUGGAGAUUCCCUCUUUUUUUUUUUCCUUCUACAAGCGUGAUUGCGUCGUCGCCAUGAUACGUUCGUCGUGUGCUCGUAUGUAGUUCUCUUUUUUUAUUCUUUAGUCUAUUUAAAAAAAAGCGCAGCGCCUCUUUGACAAAUCUGAAGAUACGACGGAGCGUUGACGGUGGCGACGCCUAUCCGUUGAAACUAUAAACAGACGCGCGUUUCUAACACCACAGAACACGUCCUGUACUUAAAGACCAUUGGGAUUGGUCGGCGACCAAUUCAGUUACGACGGUUCCAGCCUUAAUUUCGUACUCGUCUUUAAUGUCGUUAUCAUGAUUAAAGAGAUACCUUUUUAUCGGGCCAAGGAGAUAAUCAUUAGGAUGACGGUAACGAUGACGACGAUGUAGACGUAAACGACGACGAUGAUGAUAACGAGGACGAGAAUCAUGACCAAAGUGAGGAGAGCGUGUGAAAGAGCACAGAAAAUAAUCCAAUCUUCCGUAGAGUGCCCGGGUCACGUGAUUUCUUAAAUUCACGGUAAAAACACCCGACGGGAAAGCAGAGGGCAGCACUCGAAAAGUCCGAUAGAAGAAUUAAUAAGGUACUCCGAUCGUGAAAAUCAUAUAGGAGCAUAAAAAGGGAGAUUAAGAAUGAUCGUGACCCAUAUUUCUUGUAAAUAGCUAUCCCGUUAGUAACCGUAAGACAAUUAGCAACAUAUGUAUAAAGUUUCGUACGUUGUUUAGAUUUUAGUACUAGUUAUCCAAAAUCAGUUACCAAUUAUACGAAAAAAUGCAAAUAAAUCAUAAAAAAAAAA